AUGUCGGGUGCCAAUGACAUCAGGAGGGCGGCGGCCGCUAACGCACAAAUCGCUCCCCCUACCACACCCAACUUGCGAACGGUGCCGCCCCGACCCCGCCGCUCUCGUGCUUCCGGGUCCUUCCACGCCGGUGAGCCAUUUCCCCUCCCGUCGCCCUCGUACGGCGAGACCAUAGGAAGCAGCAGCCGCAGUCGAAGAGAUGCCGCCACAGACCCCCGCCGCCCCCUCCGCCCCCUCCGCCGACAAUCGACCGCGAAAUACCACACCUUCCCCACCCCGCCCCCCGCCGGCCCCCCCAAGCGCCGGCGGUCCGGCCGAGAACCGGGCGCAUGGUACAGCCGACUUUUCCGCCCGGCCGAAGACGCUUCGGAGGUUGAGGAUGACCAAGGCAACCUCGCGGACGGGUCGCGUGACGCGCGGUCGAUCGGCGUACAUGCGGGGCGGAGACGACGACGACGGAAAAGCCUGAUAGCCGCGGCCGACGAAGACAGAGCUAGCGCAGAAGCAACCCCGCUGCCGUGGGCGCAGCUGGGCCUUCUGGCUCUGCUGUCUCUGGCCGAACAGACGGCGCUCAACUCGAUCGGGCCGUACCUGCCCGCCAUGGUGGCCUCCUUCGACGAGAUCCCCGACGGCCAGGAAGGCCUGUACGUGGGCCUGCUGGCUUCGGCAUUUGCUCUCGCGCAGCUGGCCACGAACCUCCUGUGGGGGUAUGUGUCCGAUCGCGUGGGCCGCAAGCCGGUUAUACUGCUGGGCACAUCGCUGCUGAUGUUGUGCUUCAUGUGCUUCGGCUUCUGCACCACCUACGCGCAGCUGCUCGUGGUGCACGUUGCUAUGGGUCUGCUGAACGGCAAUGCCGCCGUCGUGCCGACCUGUCUGGGCGAGGUGACAGACCGCACGAAUCAGAGCAGUGCCUUCACCUGGUUGCCUGCUGUUUACAGCCUCGGCAGCAUCACAGGGCCGGCCCUGGGCGGGUUGCUGGUCGGCAUCGCGGGCGACGGCGCGAGGUAUCCGUUCUUGGCUCCCAACAUGCUCGCCGCCGCACUUUUGCUCUCCAGUGUCGUCGUGCUGGCUGUCUGGUUUGAAGAGACUCUUGACCAUCUCGACGGUGCAGCGGCGAGCACGGGCUCGGGCUGGGCCAAGUUGGUCCGUAGCUGGUGCUCGGCGCGCUGGCGCGAACUUCGCCCGGGUCCACGAGGGAAAGGGAGGUCGCCGUCAGCGGGCCAACAAAACAGUCCGGACAUGUCGGAUGACGACUGGAGCGACGAACCCGGGCUCUCGGAUGCGUCCGAAGGUGGGCAGCGGGAUCUCCUGGGACCGCGAGGCACGGUUGAGGAGGAGGAUGAGGACGAGUACAGCAAGAAGGAUGAGGAGGAACCGAAGUCGGCGUUCCGCGAAUUGAAUAACCGCAACACACUUGCUAUCCUCGGCACUUACCUUGUGUUCCAGCUCGCCAACAUCUCCUUCAACUCGUUGUAUCCCAUCUUCGCAUCCUCGCCGCCUCCCGCAGGCCGUGACCUCGACCCUGGCACCAUCGGGGUCAGUCUUUCUCUUGCCGGUUUGGUCACCAUCCUGUUUCAACUUUUCAUUUUCCAGAGCGCUAAGGCACACAUGGGGAACCUCGGUACCUACCAGUACUCACUUCUCGGGAUGGCCGUCAGCAUGGCCCUUAUGCCGUGGAUUGGCUACCUGGACGGUCGACCCUACCUUGGGUUGGGGACCAGCAAGGCUUGGCUGUACAGUGAGCUGGGCGGUAUUCUUGUGCUCAAAAACAUAUGCGCUGUUGGCGGUCUGAGUAGUGUUAUGCUUCUGAUUACCAACUCCGCCCCUUCCCACGAGACCCUGGGGACACUGAAUGGCGUUGCCCAAACGCUCUCGGCUGCCGGCCGGAGUGUAGGCCCGUUUCUGUCCGGCGGCCUGUUCACCUUGUCGACACCAUUGAGGCCCAAGGGUGAGGCACUUGCCUGGGGACUGUUUGCCGGCAUCACCCUGGCCGGAUGGGUGGCAUCCUUGGCGAUUCGUGGGAAGGACCUUGAAAGCGCCGACGGGGCGCCGGGGGGAGAAGAUGCUGAUGAUGGCGAUACAUCGGGUGAUGAGGAACUGGGCAUUCACAAGACGAACGUUCGAUGACCAGUGCCCGGCUUGCUCACACAAGUCAAGGCUAGGUAGCUUAGCGGACCAUCAUGAAAACCUCAUCGUACAUCCCGUGCGUGAGACAAAAUAGAUUCCCGACAUGCAUGCGAUGUUGGAUUAUCCCCG